AUGCUUGCUGCGGAGGAUCCUCUGGAAGCGCAGUCGCCUCGUAACACAAUUCUCAACUACUUCGAUUACUUCUUCACGACGGUUUUUACUGUUGAAAUAACACUAAAGGUGGUUGUUUAUGGAUUGGUGUUCCAUAAAGGCUCAUUUUGUCGCAACGCUUUCAAUCUAUUGGAUAUUCUCGUUGUUGCUGUAUCUCUCGUGUCUUUCGUUCUCAAAUCUGAUGCUAUUUCUGUUGUUAAAAUUCUUCGGGUUCUGCGGGUAUUGAGGCCAUUAAGGGCAAUUAAUCGAGCCAAGGGCCUUAAGCACGUUGUACAGUGUGUUAUUGUUGCGGUGAAAACUAUUGGUAACAUAAUGCUGGUCACAUUUAUGCUCCAAUUUAUGUUUGCAAUUAUUGGCGUGCAGCUCUUCAAGGGCACUUUUUUCCGAUGCACCGAUGAAUCGAAAAUGACGGAGUAUGAGUGCAGAGGCGAGUUCCUGGCCUAUGAAGACGGUGAUCCGAUGAAACCGCAGCGCAUGAAGCGGGAGUGGAUCAAAAAUGACUUCAAUUUUGAUAAUGUCGCUGAUGCUAUGGUUUCAUUGUUUGUCGUAUCUACUUUUGAGGGUUGGCCGGAUUUGCUCUAUGUGGCUAUCAAUUCGAAUGAAGAAGAUCAUGGGCCAGUGUAUAAUGCUCGCCAGGCGGUGGCCAUAUUUUUCAUCGCAUUCAUCGUUGUUAUCGCAUUCUUUAUGAUGAACAUCUUUGUCGGUUUCGUCAUCGUCACUUUUCAAAAUGAAGGUGAAAGAGAAUACGAAAACUGCGAGUUAGAUAAAAAUCAAGUAAGGCAUCUCAGUUGUCAAUUUUAUACACUUCAGCUUAGUGCUAUGACAGUAGGACACAAGAUGUAA